GAUGGGGACGUUCACAGGCACCUCUACCUCCAGGGUGUCCUCACCGGCCUGGCGGAGGUGGCGGAGAGACCCAAGGUGUCUGAAUUCAGUUGCCACAACUCUGGGUGCUGCCAGGUCUUCGAUACUCUGGAGGGCUAUGAACACCACUACAAUGUGCUGCACAGGAACGUCUGCUCCUCCUGCAAGCGCUCCUUUCCGUCGGGGCAUCUCUUGGAUAUUCACAUCUUGGAGUGGCACGACUCGCUGUUCCAGAUAAUGGCCGAGAAGCAAAACAUGUACAAGUGCUUGGUAGAAGGCUGUGCGAAGAAGUUCAAGAGCAGCAAGGAGAGAAAGGAUCACUUGGUCACCGUUCACCUUUAUCCUGCUGACUUUCGGUUUGAUAGACCGAAGAAAGUGAAAAGUGGCCCCAAGCACAUGAGCUCUCCCACAAAGCAGGGUGCCAGUAUGCUGGUGGAUGUGAGCGUGGAGACGUCGGAGCAAUUCCAAGUGGACCCCAUGGAAAUAGGGCCCAGUGAGGACAUGGAGAUCCGUCAGCUUGCAGCCAGCCCCAGCUCCUCAGUGCCAGAGAAACGACUCUAUAAAUCCAGGAUCCCAUCCACAAUUUGCUUCGGACAAGGUGCCACCCGAGGAUUUAAAGGACCAAGGAAUAAAGUCUGA